AUACAACAGUGCUGCUAGAGCGCGAGUGAACGAGAGAGGAAACAUUGUCGCUGAUCGCUUUCUGUAUGGGUGGGAGCGGGAGAGCUGCGUUGAGUGUGAAAAAAAAGUAGAAGCAAAGUGCCGCUGCUGGCUUCUCGUUGAUCUGAUAGAAAGAGUGCUGUUUCCUCGUCCGAAAUAGUUUUUCUAUGAGAUUACGAAGGAUUACCGGUUGAAAAUGGUUCGUGAAUCAGUUCAGUGAAUGAAGAAUAUAUGUAAUCGUGUGGAGUACACAGCUAAAAAGCUACGUGAAACAGUGAAGUUGAAUGGGAAGAGUGAAUUUAAGGAAAACGUGAAUUUUUUCCCCGAAUCUGGAAUGUGCAAGAAGAAAAGCGCUGCUCGCGAGCGAAAGUAAAGUGUUGUGUGAAUAAUUGUAGAAAAGUGACAACAGAAGAGGUAAACAAAAGCAAGCAAAAGGAAGACAAACAGUGAAUAGACGAGACGCGAGAUGCGACCACAACAGGUGAAUAAUAAUGGUCGAUUCUUGUCCGUUGGCCGUCGCUGAGAAUGUCCAUCAUAGAAGAAUCAACGGCAACCUCAGCAGCGUCGACCAGAAAAAGCAGCUGGAAGUGCUAAAGAUGAACAGUGCAGAUGCGCUGGACGCUGGAGUUUCGUCACCGGAAGUAAUAGAAGAGGCCUUAGAGAAGGGUCAACAGCAGGACGAAGUAAUAAUUGUAUCGGAGGAGGACGAAGAGCAAGAGAAUGGUGAUCGAGCGAAGAACGGGAACAGUUCGAUUAUCGUGGGGGGAUCUUCGAAGCAUGAGCAGGAAACGGUUCUAACUAAUUGCCAGGGUAAGGCACAGAUACUGAACAAGAAAGACCAAGAAGAAGAUGAAAACAGGGCAGGCGACAAUUUUGAAAUAAUAGAAAUUUCAUCAAGUCCACCACCGGAAGAAGACACGAAGCAAAGUGGAGUCGCAACAACUGAAGGAGACGAGGUCAAUCAUAAGUUCGUGAAUAACAACGAUAACAACGCUGUACACAACAAGCACAAAUUUGUUGGGGUUUUGGAUGGGAAAACUGCCAAUAACAACAUCGUUCUGCAGAACUGUGUUAUUCGACCGACUUCACAGGAAUCCCCCAAGGAGGAUAACCGCAACAAUCCCAGACAGGAACCAAUGGGACUUUCUGAAGAAAAUCGUAAGGUUGAACCAUUGAAGAUCAACCUGAAUCGGGAACCGAUCCGGACAAUAAUAAAACUGCCACCGAGCUCGGGAUCUGCAACGGAUCAACCGCCUAGCUCUCCAAAGAUUACGAUAAAGCCGUUGAAGCCUCCACAGGACGUGGAAUCCACUCCCAUCAAUAGCAUUCCAAAGCUUACGAUCAAACCGGUAGUACAUCAUGAGGAGUCCGGUGGUAGCGUUUCGGCAAACACCGAACAAAUGCAGAUCAUUCCUAAGCUGCUUAUCAAAAACUCUUCCCAGGACGGUUCCGGCGCAGAUGGAGCUGAACCACACAUUGUGCCUAAGCUUACAAUACGCGGUGUCAAUCAUAGCAUCUCGAGCGUGGGAACCAAUUGCAAUGACACAUCGAGUCCAACGACGCAGAAUUCCUCAACAGUGUCCACGUCUAACUCGCCUCCGAUGGUUCCUAAGCUAACAAUAAAGAAAGAUAAUCAUCAUCACCACAGUAGUCACCACCACCACCAUCAUCAUCAUUCGCACCACAAUAACCGGUUGGUGAAAGAAGACGAAACAUCGUUAAGCUCGCCCACGGUUCCAAAAUUACACAUCAAAGCAAUACCGGAACUAAUCCCUACACCAGGUUCCAGCGGUACCAGCACUAAUUCUGGUGUUCCAGUUUUAACCAGCUCGGAAGGAGUUAAAUUAACAAUCAAACCGAUUCCGGAACCACCGCUACCGAAAUUGACCAUCAAGACGAGCUCACUGGACACUAGCGAUGUUUCUGUUGUUUCAUCAACUAGCAGCAGCUUUUCGCCGAAGCUAGUCACACCGCCCUUAGCAUCUCCAAGCGAUCAGCAUUCGAGCAUAUCGUCCACGAUUCCGAAGCUCACCAUAAAACCAAUCCCCAAGCCACCACCGGCCAUUCCUCGGGAUCCUUCGGAUGUUCCGAUCCCCAAGCUUACCAUCAAACCGAUGCCACCUAAACCACCAAUCCCAUCGGAGGACAGCUGCUCGAGUGAAACCAGUAUUAAUUCGCUAGAAUCGUCACCCGUUUCAUCGUCUUCGUCGGCUCCUAGUUCCGUCAUGCAUUCUCCUUCUGUGGUUCCAAAGCUGACAAUUAAAGUCCCAAAAGAAAACGACUCCGUUGUGACAUCCUUACCCCAACUCACGUCCGGUUCCAGCACAACAACCGUUGCAAAUGCGGUAACGGCUGCUUCUACGAUUCCGGUGGUGACCAAGUUGAACAUUAAAUCGAUUCCUUUACAACCGAAAGAACAGAAGGCUCCCGGAGACUCCGCCCCGGUAAAUCAUCAUCUGGAUGAACGGGAAUCGAUAGUCAUCCCGAAGGUCACCAUAAAGACUAUUGCAAAUCCCCGAAGUCAGGAAAUUGAAAUCCUUUCGACGCCAAAAGUUACGCUGAAACCAAUUCCAAAGCCUGAAGCGAUAUCAGAACCGUCCAAUAGCGGCAGCGCAUGCAAUAUUAUCACCAGCCAACAACAACAGCAACCGCAACCGCUUGAGGUGACCACGACUAACUUCAAGUCUUUGGAUUCGGGAUGCGAUUCGCCAAGAAUAAUUCUAAAAAUCAAUAAAGGGAGUUCAUGUACGACGACCACUCCUACGGUGGCAGCGGCAUCUGAGAGUGAAGAACCCGCUAACAAAAUAGAAGAAACCAACACGAACGACCUAAAACGGCCGAUUACGGAGUCCCCCAAAAAUUCCGCUGAUGUCACGGAGCCCAAAAAAUUAAAGUUCAGUUUCAAUCAUCAAUUGAGCACGUGCAUCGUUCAAAAGAAGCCACCUCAAGGGAGUGAUGUUAUCGUGAUAGACGAUGACAGCAAGUCCGACGCGAUCGAAGAACCGCCACGUCCUCCAGUAGAACAAAAACACGCAGUAAAACCACCUCCUCUACUGAUACAGAUAUCUAAGGUGAACGCUGUUAGCUCCAUUGGGCUGAAACCUUCCGAAGUGAAACCCGAGGUGGAAAGUAAGCUAAAAGAGAUUUUAACUAAAACCAAACGACAACGAAUAGUCGUCCAAUCGCCACAUGUAGAAACUGAGUCUCGUCCCCGACGGGCAGCUGCUUUACAAGCGAUCCCUGCGUCGUUGCUUUUGCGAAGACACCCUGCUGUAGCACCACCGGCCCAGGUCGUCCAACCGGAACCAACUGUUGCCGCAGGAAUUACCAGCGUAUUGCUGAUCGAAAAUGACGAAGGUUCCAGCUCGGAUUGUAUGAUCAUCGACGAUCCGCUAACGCUAGCCGAACGGAAUGGAACAUCCUGUAGUAGCAGUAGCAGCAGCAGUAUUAGCGCCCCCUCAAGCGCUACAACUGUUACGCCUGCUCCGUUGACCCCAGCAACACCCACAACAGUAAUUAUCUUACCGCCAAAGGUAAGAAUGAGUACCCGAAGUGGUGCUGGUCUUCCCCAAUCGAAAGAUGCUAGCACGCACAAGGCCCCGGACAAAGAUUCCGGCUUGGACGAGGGCAAACUCGAAUCGGAAGACUCACCAUUGCCAGCGAAGCGACCUCGGGGGCGGCCCAAGAAAAGCUUCCUGGGAGCUCGCAAAGAUUCGGAUGAAACUGCUGUGGACGACGUGUCUGCUAGAUCGUCGUCGAUCGUGGUGGAAGCCAACGGCGGCACAAGUUCCAGCGAGUUACCUCCAAUGGAUAUGACGUUACUUUCCAAAGAUAUUCGCGCUUCACCACGGGUGGUUCUGAAACCAUUAACUCCAUCCCGGUUUAAGAAAAAAUCUAUGCUGCCACCGGUCGAACCAGAACAACCUCAGCCGGUCCAGGUUCAAGAAGCGACACCUGAAGUAACACCGGUUGUUGGGACUGUCGAUGGCGAAAAUUCAUCAUCUUCCUCGUCCAAGGUGGAUCCACUAGCUGGGGCCGAAACGAAGAUUAACGACAGUUUGGACCAGCAGGUGGUACCAAGAGCCCGUGGGCGAGGAAGUCGUGGUGGUCGAGGCAGUCGAGGUGGUAGAGGAAGUCGCGGUGGACGUGGAAGAGGAAGUCGUGGAGGAGGUCUAGGACGAGCACGUGGACGGGGGCGAGGUCGAGGACGAGGGUCUAGAGGUGGAAAAAUAAUCUCAAUCGAACCCGUUCCAGAUGGAGAAACCCCCAUCCCCUUGCUGGGAGCUAUGCUAUCCCCAACGACAUUUGCAGACGUGUUUUCCACCUCACCGGUGCGACGAGGUCGUGGAGGUUCGCGAGGCCGUCGUGGCCGAGGAAGUCGAGGUGGCCGGGGAAGUCGAGGAGGUCGUGGCAGUAGACGAGGAAGUCCAAUUAAAAAUGCAAGUCCUGAAAAAAGCGUUGGACCAGAAUUCAACGCAUUCAUGACGCCGGAUGGAACGGAUAUUCACCGGCGGAAGCUGAUGAUGCGGGACCCCCUUACACCUCUGACCAACUCAUCUAGUGCGUUGCAGGUGUUCGAGGAGGAUACCCGGAUGAGUGGAGACUUCAAUUUCACCACCCCAACCCGACUGAUUAGCACCGGAGGCGUAAACAACGAAGAAUCCCAGAGUUCGUUUCUGAGCAGCGCUAGCGUGACGAUGGAUAACAGCACGACGGCACAAACGAUCCUUUCGUCCACGAUGGGAAGCACCCGAAAGCCCAAAGCGAAAAUGGAAGUUGUGGAUGUGAAUGGACGAACGGAGUUCUCGGUGGAGCAACUUGCAGAGUACGAAUGGCCCCGGCCGACGGCAGCAAAUGCACGAACCGCUGGAGAUUCAUUUAUGAUCCAGGAGCAGAUAGCUGAAUAUCUUGGCGUAAAAAGUUUCAAGCGAAAGUAUCCCGAUUUAAUGCGACGGCCAGUCGACAUGGAGGAACGGAACUACAUCAUGGAACAAGGCCUAGCGUCGGAGAAAAUGUGUGAUCUUGGGUUGACAGCGGUUUAUGCUUCGGAAAUACUAGAUAUCAUGUGCAACGACUAUCCUGAAAAAUAUGAAGAGUACAAGCGGUACCAACGGGAGAAACAUUACCGGGAUCGACAAAAGUACCUGCGAACAGCAGCCGCAGCCGCUGCCGCGGAGGGUAUAGAUCGAAGCCAAAUGCAAAAAGAAAGGGCCGUCCAGUCGGCUUCUAGCUGGAAUUCAAUGUUAAAUAAGGAACGGAAGGAGACUCGCCGGGCAUGUAUGGAUCUUCAAACGUAUGUCGUGCAGGUUCCUAGGCCGCAGUACCGAUUACGGACAGACUCUGCAACACAGGCGAGUCACUAUCCCAUUGCGCUGGUCCCGGGGCAAUUUUCCGAGCAUUACCACGAAUACACACCCGAGGAGUUGGCAUGCUAUCCUAUCAACACCGCUCUUUUGGAUACGCAACAACUGGGAGAGAUUCUUCGUUCGGAUCGGUAUCGUCAGUUACUAGCAGAAAUUGCAUCGGAAAGUGAAGGUGUUAACAGUAGUGACGAUUCCAGUAGUGACAGUGACGAUAGCGACGAUUCAUCUUCCUCGGAUAGUGACUCCAGCAGUGAAUCCGAAAAUUCCGAUGAUUCAGAAGCACACGUGAAACAAACCUUGGAUAGAAGGUUGCCUGUGAGCAGCAGUAGGAGUAGUAGUAGUGGCGGUAGCAGCAGCAGAUUGAGACGCCCUCCACCCACGAUGGUACAACCUACUUCGACAGCAGCAACAACAGCAGUGACGGACGAAUGCAAUAAAAACGAAUCAAACCCACAUCUGUGUGUGGUUUGUCGUGGACCACAAAACAAAAAUCAACUGAACAAACCGGACAGGUUUAUUCGCUGUACGGUUUGCUUGCGAAGAGCGCACCCAACUUGUGUCAAUAUGUCUGCGAAAAUGUUCAAACGCGCUCUGGAAUAUCCAUGGCAGUGUUACGAAUGCAAAUCCUGCCAAAAGUGCCACCGAAGACAAAACGCACCAAUCGAGGACAUGACUGCGGCAAGCAGGCGAAUGGUGUUCUGCGACCAGUGUGACCGGGGAUUCCAUCUAGGAUGCAUUUCCUUGCGUAAUCUUCCGGAAGGUCGAUGGCAUUGUACGGUGUGUUCAAUUUGUAACAAAUGCGGUGCGCGGAAUCCGGAAGGACAUCCGAACCCAUAUCUCACACCUCAGCAGAAGGAAAAUUUGGCAAUGGUUGCCAGAUGGUCACACGAGUAUAGCACAAAUGAGAUGACGCUGAUACGCGAGCACGUGGCAACGCUUUGCGUGCCCUGUGUGAGGUUGCGGAAGCAACAGGAAGAGGAAAGACAACAGCGUUUGCAGCAGUGGGAAUCUGCAACAAGUGGCAGUGGGAAGCAGAUAGUGGAUAGUAGCAGUAGCAAUAACAACACAAAAAGUACCGUGACCGCGGUAAGAAAAGUGACACCGGAAACAUCUGCGAAAAGCAGCAGCAUGCCGCCGCCUCCCACUUCAACGGCGUCAAAAGGGUGAGAGAAAUCUCAUACUCAAGUUUUAUUAUAAUGAACAAACAAAUCAGUUAGGAUAUUUGGAGAUUUGUUUCCAUUUUUGUAGUGCUGCAAAUUCGUUACGUGUAAAGUUUAAACCGAAUAAUUUUGUACAAACAAAAGUUAAAGUAAGAGCAAUCGUUAUCGUCGUUCGUCAUUUUCAUGUGUAGUUAAAGCAUUUUUUUUCUCUGUUAAAUAUUUUCUCAUUUUAUCUGGUUGCGGAUGUGACCAAUUCAGUUUGGUUGCUCACUGAGGGUUGGAUCAAUUAUUAUAUGCGUCGAGUGUGUCAUUGCUUUCAGGUCCCGGGCAGGUUUCCCUACCCACUCACUAACACACAAUCCACACGGACAUAAUUGGCUGCAAUUGUUCAAUCACGAUCCUAACUAACGCGCACCCAUUGGUCAAUUUUGCGAUGCUUAGACCAUACAAAAAUGUCCGCAAUUCAUUUCACAAGAUGUGUAAAUCCAAUAUAGUUUAGCACUAAAAAACGGAGAUCUAAAAAAUCAUAGACACAAGCGAAAAAAACUGAUGUACAGUUACAGUAGGAUAAGAAAUAUCUGCUUCCUAUCCUCAACAAAUGAGAGGCGUGGGUGGAUAUGCGAAGCGAACCGUAUGUAUAGAGCAAGAACCUGCUUAAUAAAACCUGGUGUAGAAAAAGGAAUCAAUCUCAUCGAAUCUGCGCUUUUGUGGGUAAGUGAAACUACAGUUUAGUUAUUUAAUUUUUAAUUGAAAGCAAAUAAAAAAAAAGAGAAACUAAGAAAAUAUAUACAUAGAAAGGGAGAAAUUAAUUCAAACUGACGAAGCUUAGUUUUUUUUUUAAAAGGGCUGAUUGUAUGCGAAAAUGAAAAGGAGAAAGAGUCUUUCAUAAUUCUUGGGUAUGAAUUUUAUGAGAGUAGAAGUGAAAGCCGGUCUAAUUUCUCUUCAAAUGUAAAAUAGCGAAAAAAGAAGUACUAUUCUGAAAUAUAUUGUUAAUAAUGGAACGAUAGCGUACUGUGUAAGUAAAUUAUCCCUAAGUAAUGUAAAUAUUAUGUCGCUGAUAAGAUCAAUAUUAGGCUAUUAACAAAAUAUCCUGCAAGAAUGAGCAAAUGAUGAGUAUGAGUAAUGAGAGAAUGAUGCCACUCCUGACAAAAUAAGUAUUAAAAUAAUUUGGUGAAAGAGAUAGUGAUUGGAGGAAACUUUAGAAGAGGGAAAAAAACAGCGAACAAAAGAGCAUUUUCAACAAGUAAAGCAUUGGAUAUAUAGUUGUUCGGGAUCGCAUCGCGUGUUAUGAUUUGAUGAAUUAUAAUCAGCAAUUACAAGACAACAACUCACACUACUUAUCACUAGAGCAUUAAAGUUUUUGCGAUGAACUGACGCCUCGGGUGGAAAAAUUGUAGCACCGAGGGCGAAACGUGAUUCAUUGAAAGUGACAUUUUUUUUUCCUUUCGGUUGGUAUUUUCCACUUUUUUACUAUUUUAAUUGUAAAAGUAGAGCGCAACAGUAACACUGAAGUAGUAGAGAGAAUAAAAAAAGAUUUAAAAAUUGAGUAAUAAGCAUUAGCUUGUAAUUUAUUA